AUGUCGCGGUGGUCCCUUCUUGCAGCGAAGGCAUGGACCUCAUGCCUCCUGGCUGCCGGCGUGUUGGCUAGCCAAGCACAGGCUGAUGACCUCUCAAGGCACUGUGCGGGCGAUGACGUCAGCGCGCUGCAGGUUCGGCAGGAGGAGAUCCCAAAGGUGCCUUCCAAUGAGUCGCUCUCCUUGCAGCAGAGCGCCAGCCAGAGUCAGAUGUUCACGGAGCUGGAUCCGGUGAUGCGAAUGAUUGGAAACUUCCUUCGUCUGCCAUAUCCCGAGCCAAAUCAGCAAAUUCGCAUGAACAGACCCUUGAUCUUCAUGCAUCAAGCCAAGUCUGGUGGCACGUCCCUCAGAGAGUUGCUCUACAACGCCUCCAUGAGAAAGGGCUGGAAGCCCUACAUCCAGUGCUAUGGUGCUGUCGGCUGCCAAGACUUCCAGGCUCCCAAGACAAAAGCGGCGGUGUACGCUGGGCAUUUUUGCUGGGAUGAGUUUGCACAAAACCUGCAUCACCGCGGAGUCAAUGAGUUCUCAUGCGUCACCAACUUCCGGAAGCCUUUCUAUCGCAUCCUGUCCUGCUACUCCUACCGAGCCGUCGGCGUAAGGAAGGAUGCGCCGGAGUGCAUGGCGAAGCUGUCGCCAGACCAGCUCAGGGAUGUUCUCAUCCAAGUCGGCUGCGUCAACGAGCCCUUCCGCAGGCUGAGUGGCGAGUGCUCCGUGAUCUCCCACGCUGGUGAUUUCUCCUCCCAGGCUCGAAGCGAGGUGUGGAACAGUACAUUGCGCAACCUCGCCCAGUGUGUGCCCUUAUUCUUGGAGGAGCCCCAGUCUAUGAAGGUGGCUGCCGCCUACUUCCCACAGCUCUCCGGCAGCUUCCUGAGCUUGGCCCACGUCUCGCUCAACGAGAACACCAAGUAUAACGCCAAGUGCAACAUACCUGAGAGCCACUACAAUGUUAUCAGAGAGCUGGCCAAGUCCGAGGAAAUGCUGUAUGCGACAGCCAAGCGGAGAAUGUGGCAUCUUCGCUCCAAAGUCGCCUCCCUUCUGGAGGAAGAGCCGCAGGAUCAUUGA